UAGAGCUUGCCCUUCUUUCCCCCGUCGCUACGAAAUGGGCGCCUGCGCGUUUGCUCUCUCCUGAAGAGGUCUUCCGCCUUGAGCCUUAACUGCUCUUCUCUUCUCCAGUCGCCGCCAUUUUAUUCCUCUUACUGAACGUGCUGUGAAAAACCGAGAGCGGUUAGCGUUCGUUUGGAAAGAUGGCAUGGCCCAGCUCGGGGAAAGGCCGCUUCAUCCUUAGAAAUCCCCUAAAUCUCACAGGCCGAAAAAAGCGGCCGAUUCACAUCGGGUGGAAGCGCUGAGGUAAGGAACAUACCGCCCAUGGAGCCGCGGAGGGAGCGAGAGCAGGCGGCCCCUCGCCUCAACGCCUGCCAACCCUCGCUGCCGGCACCCCAGCCCGACGCCCCGUUUUCAUUGCUGCGGCUCUUGUCGCAGCUGCUGCAGCGUCUCCUGCCCGGUCCGAUCAGUCCCCUCUUCUGGCUGCCCUCCGAAGUCCACGCCACCGCGCCGGAGACUUCGGUGCCAGUGUGGGAGACUCCCGGCCUGACUCCGCUCUUGGCCGUUGAGCACCAGCUGUGCGUGGUCUCUUCCUCCUACGUGCUGGGCGGCACCGACAAGAGCUCCCUGCCCGGACCUCUGCGGGCCAAGUUUCCCGAGAUCUUGCAGCGAGUGCCGUGGGAGCCGCACAAAGCCGUUCUUGAUGAGACGGACUGCGAUUACGGCUACCAUAGCUUGGAGGUCGAGGAGCAGCUGCGGGAGGCCUGGGCCCCGAAGGAGCGUGGUGAGGAAACUCAAGAACACCAGGACCUCGCGAAGACGCCGCAGCCUCUGGACGGGGGCAGUGCUGGGCGGGAAGCGACUGCGGAGGUCAGCUCCGACGUAGGACCCGACCUGCCGGUCGUGCCGAGACCGGCAUGUCCUAACAAGCUGAUCGAUUACAUCCUGGGGGGCGCUUGCAGCGGGGAAGAGAGCGCGGGGGAGGACAGCGAUGAAGACGACGGGGAAGAGGAGGAGGAUUGGUACGGGGAGGAGGAAGACGACGAUGGCUUUGACAGUGAAGGCUCCCUUUCGGAGUCGGAAAUAAACCAAGAUGGAGAGAGCAUUCAUCUGUGGAACUCUUUCUGUAGCCCCGAUCCAUACGACCCGUGGAAUUUCACAGCAGCUGUGCAGACUGCUGGGAAUGUGGGAGAGGAAGGGCCUACCAGAGAGUCAAAUGAGAGCGAGGUAGUAGAGGAUUCUUCCUCCUGGAGUGAAAGUUCCUGUGAGGAAGAUGAAUGGGAGUCUAGUAGCAUAAAUGAAUCUGAAAAUUUGAAAUUGUGGAACUCUUUUAUUAACUUGGAGGAUCCUUAUAACCCUUUCCAUUUUAAGGCACAAUUUCAGACUGCGGGGAAAAAAGGGAAAAGUGACUUGAAAGGAUCCACAAGUUUAGGCCUUAGCCCCUCGCAACAUAGUAUCUUACUUAGCUGUCAGCUUCACCUGCUUGAUAAUGGAGGCACUGAAAGUGUGAGGUAUGGCAUCCUCUCUAGAGAAAAGUGUAAGAAGAAGAAAAAGGUGACUUUCCUUGAAGAAGUUACUGAGUAUUAUGUAAGCAAUGAGGAAGAUCGCAAAGGACCUUGGGAAGAGCUUGCACGUGAUGGAUGCCGAUUCCAUAAACGAAUUCAGGAGACUGAAGAUGCAAUUGGAUAUUGCUUAACAGUAGAGCACAGGCAGCGUAUUCGUAAUAGAUUCCAGGAAAUGUGUUAUGAAAGACCUGUUAUUUUUUAACACCUUAUUAAUUAUCCAGGGUAAUACCUUUAAUGAUGCUUAUGACCAUCUUCCAAGACAUCUAUUAAAAUGACAGCUGCCUCUAAUAAUAUAAAACUGGGAACUGGGGUAAUUUUAAUACUAUGUCUCAUUCUCUGCCAACAAAUAUGCUAUAUAGGCUGGAUGCAGUGUUGAAACAAGUCUUUUGAAUAUCCAGCAUGUGCAUAAUUGGUCCUUUCUAAUGAUGAGUGUAUCUAUUUUUGCAAAAGCCAAUCAGAAAUGCCUCCUUGUGCAUUUGUGUGUGUAUUCUGUCUCAUUCACAUAAUAUAUAUGUGAACAAAGAAAUGUGUGGAAUUUUGCACUUUUUAAAAGGAAAAAUAUUUUGCAAGUAUAUUUAUUGGGUUUGGAACCCAACAAUGCAGUUCUGAUUUAAAGUUUGUAAAUUGCAGCCUGUUCUUAUAUUUGUGUAUAAUAGAAAAUUGAAAUGAAUUGAAAUUGAAAUGAAUUUACACAGUAAUGCUGCCUACUUCUCAUUGGUCUUUCUCUUAUAUUGAUUUUAGCUGAAUUCUUUUUUCUGCAUAAAAGUCUCUUUAUGUUUGUAGAGAUUUUUACUUAGUUGCAAUAGAAUGCUGUGUAUUUUACAGUAAAAUUGCAAACAGUAUUGGACUGUUAAUGGCAGGAACCCCAGUUUAAACUGCCAGUAAGGUGGUUAGUAGUAUAUUCUUCUUCACUUUUGUCAUUAUACCAAUCUAAUAGAUACAGCAUUCCACUUCUGUGGAUAGAUCACCAAAAUUUUGGAGCAGUUCUGUUUAUUAUUUCAGAAGAAAUCUGUCCUCAGUAAACACUGUGGUAAGGAAAAUAUUAAAAUAUAUUGAUUUGUUUGCAGUCUGUUCCAGAUACUUCAAAUUUAUGGAGAAAAAAAUAAUAGAAUUCAAGAUUUCUAAUGUUGAUUGGUUACAAAGCUUACCAAACUAAUCAGUAUGAAUAUAAUUGUUCAUAUAGCAAUUUAACAAUUUCUAAGAGUUCUAGAAAUAUUCUUAACGCAAUAAUCUAUUCUUAAUCAUUAUUGUUACGUAUUUGGUUAGAAUACAUGUUUGGAUUACCUAAAACAUUUUUAGAAUCUUGUAUGGAUUCCAAAUAGUGAUUUAAAUGGCCUAGGUAAGCAGCUCUAAAUCCAGUAUUCAGAAUUAUUGGGAUAAAUACAGUAGAUUAACAUUGUUUAGUUUUAGAUGUGCCACUCCUGAAAGCAGCAAGAAAUACCAGUAACAUGCAUUGUUGCAAUAUGUCCUUAACACAAAUCAUAAUAAAUGACUUUACUUUUUUCUAUCUUAAGUUUCACUGACUUCAUAUUUGUACAGUAGUUUGUUAUAACUACAAAUGCUGUGUGCUUUAGUCCAGGUAAAUUCUAAUAGAAUAAAUAGUUUCUGUAUAACACAAAAGUAUGUGUUGAGAUAUAAUAGUCUAGAGAAUUGAUGUAUGGAAUACUUGAUGCAUUCUGAAAAAGUUACCCUUGAAGCACUGCUGUAAAAUUUCAUUGAGCUAUCUGGGGCAGUUCCAGUGUAUCUACAAAUCUGUGUACUUGGAACUUGGCUUCUGUAUAAACACACAUAAGAUAAAGCCACAGAGGACAAAACAUUUUUCUACCUUGAUACUGUUUUAAGUAUUGUCUUUUAUUGGUCAGUUGCCGACUACUGGGAGGAAUAAUGAUUCUGUUUCUUAGUCUGAAGCCAUUUAAAAUGAGUGCAGAUUCCUGAAAUAAAAUUCAUUCAUUUUUAUGUUUUUCUCUCUCUAGAAUGAUUUAAUGGUGCUACAUGUGGCAAUAAAGGAUGUCUUUACAAAUUUAUUUAAGUAGUGAGACAUGAAAAACUAAUUCUAAAACUUUAAAUCAAAACUGUAAUUAUCAGAAUUUUAUUUUUAUAUUAUUUUAGAAAGGCAAAAAAAGAGACAGAAAACUUUUCAUAUAUACAGGCUUAAAAGGAUUUGAUUGUAUUCCAUUGGGUUUUUUUUAUAUUUAAACAUUUCUGUAUGUAAUAAAACACUUUAAAACUUAUAAAUUGUAAUAAAGAAACUUUACAUGUUUAAACUGUCUGAAAGAUUGUGCUGCCAUGGUAUUGGGGUGUAGCUCUUAAAAUAAAUGGAGUAUUCUUCAGUAGUUUUAGAGCUCUGCAAUGCUUUUAUAAUUUGCCUUUACUAAAUACCUGGAGUUGCUAAGGUGCCAUCAGGAUGGCACCAAAUCAGUUAUAUGGAAUUCAUUUUAUUCAAGGUUGCCCUAAAAGGUGGUGCUAGAAUGAAUUUCUCAUCCUCUUGGAUCUAUUCCUGGUGUAUACACGUAAACUGACAAAAGAGUUUAAAGUAGCAGGCGCAAUACAAUAAAAGUUUGAAAUACUUAGAUUUAAAAACGUUGGCAGUCCUGAAACACUU